GUGAACUUGCUAUGAUGGAAGUCUGUUUAUAUUUAUUGUUGUAUUUUUUAUGUUUUUUCCAAUUUAUUGUUUGUCCCUAUCCGCCUCAAGGCGAUGAAGUCCGUUCAGGCAGUGUCCUACUACCUGCCAGUAGGAGAGGCCGCUAUCUGGCAAACAUCGUCAGAAGGCAGGCUGUUGACGGUACUGGAAUCAAAUUCAACAAAGAUGCAGAUCGGAUCAACGCCGAAGCGAAAAAGAAAGUCGACGUUCUGUCGGAAGAUUUACUACCAUACAUCAUAGCGGAGCAAGAACGUCGAAUGACGCUUUACAAACGAAUCAUGACGGCCAUACAAAAUGGCGAAAAGGGAGUCACUAUAGCCGAAAUUAGAAAUAAACCGCCAUUGAUUAUCAGAAAAGGUGUCAUGUACCGGUGCCCGUCGAACCGUGCUCCGAAGGAACCCGACGGUUCAGGGAUUCUAAAAUGUGACGACGAUAUCACACCAACUCAGAUUAUGUACGACUCUUGUCUCAGUGCAGAGGAUAAGGAUUUGUAUUUGGCCGAAGGCAAAUACUUCUUUUGUAAUCGACACAGAAUAGAAGGUCCCGACCUUCCUCAUAACGGAACAAUGGUAAUAGGAUGUGCACCCAUCGAGCGGACAUCUUUGAAUUACACUGCAACGAAAUGCGCCCUGGAAGACACAGACGAUGUCGUUGUUCAUUACCGAUAUUAUCCUGACAGGACCUACAAGUAUGUAACCGAGCUGGACCCCGACCACGAGGUUUGUGACCAUUGGAACCCUUGUCAAAUUGGAUAUAUCUACAGCCUUCCGUCACCUGAUCAGGCCAUGUAUGCUAACGAACUUUGGCGUGGUUAUGUUGAGAACUUUGGUGAUUAUGAACGUGAUGAACUUGUCCCUCCAAUUCCGGAGGACUCAAUAGAGGAGUACGUGCACCCAAUGGCCACGAACUACUCGUCAUCCGUUCGUAUGGUACGCGUUCCGGAUGGAUACAAGUUCCAGAAACUAUGGGCACGACGUACCGUUGACAAAUACGGAUGGAGUCCAGAAGUAAACCGUUUCCGCGUCAAAUCACGCGUGCAUAAAGGUGAUAAAUUCAUCACUGUAGGCAUCCGGUUCCCCGAGCAGUGGUCUGACUUCUUCUACAGCACUUUUUACGCCGUGUUCGCAAAGGGAGGAAGAAGGAGCAGCACUAAGACUAUCAAGUUCUUGAUUAUACUGCCAGCAACAGCGUUCGUGCAAGUACAGAAACUCAUGCUCGCAUCCAAAAAGGUUAACAGCACGUCGGUUCCAUAUCGUUGCCCAAGAUGUCACUUGCAAGGAAUCAUGGUCAGACCUCCGGAUGGCUUCGUUCGUAACGUCGACCCCUCAAAGUAUAAAUUAAAGGACGUAAUUGACAGGAGUGGAAAACCGCGACAAGUGUUAGAAAUUCAAUUGUGGUUCCUCAAGCCGGUAGACUACGGCGAUUUUUAUGCUCUCAUACAAAACGCUGAUGGAGUCGAAGAAAGAGUCAAAUUGCUAUCUCUGCAAACACCUGAAAAGGAUACCGAAAAGCAGAUAAAACUAAAAGCAUCCACUCAAAGUUUGCGCCUCGGUGAAAAUUUCGACAAGUCCGUUACAUUCGAAUGCCAGGAGUGCGAACUUACAGAUGUCACUUGCAACGGACACAGUGCUAUAGAAGCCGGCAAAGUCGUUGUAGUUGCUGUUUCCAAGACUAUUCAGUUCCACUUUCCAAGAUUUGAAAAUAACGAUGCAUGCGUAUAUUCAGGUUUAUUCGUGAUUGGUGACAGCCUUAUAAACAAAGUAAUUAUGGUAACAGAGGCCGACCAUCCGGAUCUUAAAUUGCCAAAAAUCAAGACCGUGCCACCACCUACUAUUGGAGAGCCGUUCCAGAAGGGCGUCAAAUACGAUUGCAAAGAUUGUCAAAUUAAUAAGGUAACUCUGAACGGGUCGCCACUGCCGUCCGUGAAACAAGCAAGACGUCAAGCUGGCAAUGUCCAUAUUACAAUCAACAUCAACGGGGGCUCCGGAGGCUGCCCCACUGGUAGAUGCACAAACGGCCAGGGUGGAGGUGGAGGCGGUGGCGGCGGCGGCGGCGGUGGCGGCGGCGGCGGAUAUACAGGAGGAGAGGAACGUGGUGGAGAGAUUGAUCUCGAGAGUGAACCUGUGCUGCCUGAUAACUUUGGCGGUGAAGAAAUAGUGCCCGUGCACUCUGAUGCCACCGGAGAUGGAGAAAUGGACGAAGGACUUGGGCCAUGCGGUAGCUGCCCCAUGAUGUACUUCGUCAUUACCAUAGAAAUCAUUAUUAUAAGGGUGACUUCAUUCAUGGAACAUUUCGAGGGUAUGAUCCAAGCUGAAUUUGAGUUAGGCGGAGAACAAUAUACGAAAAACAUCAUGGAGAUAGCUGAUGAAGACGACUGCGUAUGCUGUGAAGAUGACGACGAAGACAGCACAACUGGAGAGAUAGACACAGGCGAACCGGACGUCACCGACCACGUGUCUGGGGAACCUGACCAUGAUGAAGGCAGCACCAAGGGCGACGGCACGGAUAGCGACGUCACUGGUGAUCCUUCGUCUGACGUACCAGCUGGAGAUGAAACUACUCCCGCUGAAUAACGUUCUUCAUUAGAC